AUAGGAGGGAACGCCCGCCACACGCUCCCCGAGCUCGGCGUCGCCAGGGCCCAGGGCCAAAUGGCGGCACCCUCCGCCCCCUUGCUCCGCUCCCACCCCCACCGCCGAGCGCUCUUCCCCUCAUCUCAGCGCCACCGUUCCGCGGCAGCGGCCGCCUCCUCCCUGCUUGGGUUCCCUCCCCGCAAACCCGCCUCCUCCCGCAGGCUCCCCUACACCGCGGUGCGGUCCUCCUCCACCGCCUCACCCUCGGCACCGGUAGAAGAGGCGGCAGCGGCCCCGACAGGCGAUGCGGACGAGCAGGAACGGGUGGUGCUCCCCACCAACGAGUCCUCUGACCGCCUGCUGCGCAUCCGGCACACCUGCGCCCAUGUGAUGGCCAUGGCUGUCCAGAAGCUGUUCCCCAACUCCAAGGUGACCAUAGGUCCCUGGAUAGACAAUGGAUUCUACUAUGACUUCGACAUGGAGCCAUUGACGGAUAAAGACCUAAAGAAGAUCAAGAAGGAGAUGGAUCGGAUCAUCCGACGAAAUCUCCCAUUGGUGAGGGAGGAAGUGUCCCGGGAAGAAGCUCAGAAGAGGAUUGAAGCACUCAACGAGCCCUACAAGUUGGAGAUUUUGGAGAGCAUUAAGGAAGAACCUAUCACAAUAUAUCAUAUUGGAGAAGAGUGGUGGGAUCUCUGUGCCGGGCCUCAUGUGGAGUCUACUGGAAAAAUAGACAGAAAGGCUGUUGAGCUUGAGUCUGUUGCUGGUGCUUACUGGAGAGGUGAUGAGAAAAACCAAAUGCUACAAAGAAUAUAUGGGACUGCAUGGGAGAAUGAAGAUCAGUUGAAGGCUUACAUCCACUUUAAGGAGGAGGCCAAGCGCCGAGAUCAUCGGCGACUGGGUCAGGACCUUGAUUUGUUCUCUAUACAGGAAGAUGCUGGUGGUGGUUUAGUAUUUUGGCAUCCAAAAGGCGCUAUCAUCAGGCACAUUUUAGAAGACUCAUGGAAACAUAUUCAUUUGCAAUAUGGUUAUGAUCUGCUGUACACUCCUCAUGUUGCAAAGGCCGAUCUUUGGAAAAUCAGUGGACAUAUAGAUUUCUAUAAAGAGAAUAUGUACAACCAAAUGGAUGUUGAAGAUGAGAUGUAUCAACUGCGGCCAAUGAAUUGUCCUUACCACAUUUUGGUAUACAAGAGAAAACUACAUUCAUACAGGGAUUUUCCCAUCAGAGUGGCAGAGCUAGGAACUGUCUAUAGAUAUGAGCUAUCUGGUAGUCUGCACGGGUUAUUCCGUGUAAGAGGGUUUACACAGGAUGAUGCGCACAUAUUUUGUCUGGAGGACCAGAUACAAGAUGAAAUCAGAGGUGUUCUUGAUCUAACUGAGCAAAUACUAGGACAAUUUGGCUUUAGAUAUUAUGAGAUAAAUCUUUCAACCAGGCCAGAGAAAUCUGUUGGCAGUGAUGACAUAUGGGAAAAAGCAACAGUUGCUCUGACGAACGCGUUAGAUGAUAAAGGCUGGGAAUACAAAGUUGAUGAAGGUGGAGGUGCCUUUUAUGGUCCAAAAAUUGAUCUAAAAAUUGAGGACGCUCUUGGAAGGAAAUGGCAGUGUUCCACUGUGCAGGUUGAUUUCAAUCUGCCUCGACGGUUUGACAUUACUUAUGUCGAUUCAAAUAGUGAGAAAAAGCGACCUAUCAUGAUUCAUAGAGCUGUCCUUGGGUCUUUGGAACGCUUCUUUGGUGUCCUGAUUGAACACUACGCUGGUGAUUUUCCACUUUGGCUUGCACCAACUCAAGCACGUAUUCUACCUGUGACAGACAAUGAGUUGCAAUACUGUAAUGAGGUGGCCUCAGAACUGAAAUCAAGAGGGUUCCGUGUUGAAGUUUGUCAUGGAGAGCGCCUACCGAAGCUAAUAAGGAAUGCUGAAACACAGAAGGUGCCACUCAUGGCAGUUGUUGGUCCUAAAGAAGUUCAGGCCAGGACCCUAACUAUUAGGUCCAGGCACAAUGGGGAGAUCGGUGUGAUGCCUGUCGAUGAAUUCAUCACCAGACUUCAGCUUGCUGUCGCGAACAAAUCUUCGUUAUAAAUCCUUUGAUCCGCUAAGUUUCAGUCCAUAUUGUAGAGCAUUAGAUCCUCUGCACAUAGACCUGUUCCCUCAGAAAAUAGCAGCUGAGGUCUGGAGACUGCAGGAGCAGAUCAACCAUUUUUAUGCAUAGUUGUCACCACAGGUUCACAGCAUCUCUCCUACAAAAAUCCAACAUACUAUACUCUGUAAAUAUUUACUGAAAGGGAUGCUUAGUUAACACAUCCAGGUCGUGAUCAUUGGCCACGAGUAUCA